AUGAAGUCAGGGGUGGUUUUCAAGUUCAUCGUGAUGUUCUUUCUUGUUUUGUAUCUAUCAAAAGCGACAAAAGGUUCAAGUAGCACCAGUAAUGUGAACAACUGCUACACCUUCCAUGACGUUGACAGUACAUGGACCGAGGCCCGUGACGCAUGUCAUGACAUGGGAGCUCACCUAGUCACCAUGGAAACGAUAGACGAGUGGAACAAAGUGAAGGGCUUCAUCGCAGAAAAAGUUAAGGAGGCCGGAAGUUACACUCACUAUUACGUUGGACUGCGUAAAGAAGGUGGAAUAUGGAAAUGGCCCGAGGGAGAAACUCCUGAUGUCACUGUGGCCGCAGAUGACAGCCGCUGGCAGAGAAGCCAGCCUGAUCCUCACCCAGAUGAACUUUGUGGGGAAAUCUGGUAUCCUAGUAGUGGGAUCAAAGGGUUUAAUAAUAUCUUUUGCAGUCAUACGGUUCAAGGAACCGGAGCACUUCCACGUGGAUAUAUCUGUGAAGGUUAUUAA